CACGUUCCUUGAUGUGCUUUUGAUAUUAUGUUACUAAUCCUAUUUUAAUCAAACUCUGCUUUUAUUUCUCUCUACAUUCUUGUUCGAACACGAAAAGAAGAUUAUAAGGUUCUAAUUCUGAAUCGUAUUCAGUGUUUCAGAUAUAUUUAUGGUACGUUGAAUUCCUCAAUUUGGACGUUUUGCAUCAGCUGCUGAUCCGAUUUCAGAGCUGGAUGCAUUAAUGGUGCGCUUUUUGCUCUUAAGUCAUGUCAUACAUAUUAGGAGAUUGAAUGUAGAAAAUAUUAAGUAAAAACCUAUGAGAAGAUUCAGUAAUGGGAGCCAUAAAUAUUGAGAAGAAAUGGGUGCUUUCUUUCUUCAUAAGCUCCUUUAUAUGUGUCUUUCUCCUUGUUACUUCUUUCAACCUAGGUCUUGUUUCUUCAUUAGAUAGAAUCAAUUCAAUUUUUUCAAUUUUCUCAAGAGGUGUAUCUGGGAACCAAACAGACAAUCCUGCCUUUAUUGAAACAAAACUUAAACAACCUCCUCCACCACCAGCAGCACCUUCUGUUCCACGAUUUGCUUAUCUGGUUUCUGGAUCAAAGGGUGAUCUAGAGAAGCUUUGGAGAACUCUAAAAGCUUUAUAUCAUCCAUGGAAUCAUUACAUAGUGCAUCUGGACUUAGAGUCAUCGGUUGAAGAGAGAUUGGAGCUUGCUUCUCGGGUAGAGAGGGAACCAAUUUUCGUCAAGACUGGGAAUGUUUACAUGAUAAAGAAAGCAAACAUGGUCACUUACAGAGGACCCACGAUGGUUUCCAAUACACUUCAUGCGUCUGCAAUUCUUCUCAGGAAAAGCAAAGAAUGGGACUGGUUUAUAAAUCUUAGCGCCUCGGAUUACCCUCUUGUGACACAAGAUGAUCUUCUCUCCACUUUUAUGACAGUGAACAGAACACUGAAUUUUAUAGAACACACAAGUCGGUUAGGGUGGAAGGAGGGUCAAAGGGCAAAACCUGUCAUUAUUGAUCCAGGGCUAUAUGGAACAACAAAACAGGAUGUUUUCUGGACUACAGAAAAAAGAGAGGUGCCAACAGCAUAUAAACUGUUUACAGGUUCAGCAUGGAUGAUUCUAUCUCGUUCGUUUGUGGAAUAUAUUAUAUGGGGCUGGGAUAACUUGCCAAGAACACUCCUUAUGUACUACUCCAACUUCUUAUCUUCUCCUGAAGGGUAUUUCCACACAAUCAUCUGCAAUGUGCCCGAAUUCGCAGAAACUGCAGUCAACCAUGAUAUGCAUUAUAUUUCAUGGGACAAUCCCCCAAAACAGCAUCCUCAUGUUCUGAACAUAAAUGACACUUUUAAGAUGAUUCGCAGUGGUGCUCCAUUUGCUCGGAAAUUUAAGCGAGAUGACCCCGUCUUGGAUAAGAUCGACAAAGAUCUUCUUCACCGCGAAAAUAACAGCUUCACUCCAGGGGGUUGGUGUUCUGGCAACCCUCCAUGUUCUGAGGUUGGGGAGCCUAAUAAGCUCAAACCAGGACCAGGAGCGCGUAGACUUGGCACCCUCAUGUCUCGAAUAGUCUAUUCCCCGAGAUUUAAUCAAACCCAGUGUAAAUAAAUUAGAUGGAUCGAGCCAUUUUUCCCUUACUGUGGCCGAAAGAGCAAUAUUUUGUCUAUUCCAUUGAGAGAGCUUCUCUCAACCCCCUUCUUUUCUGCGCCAUCUUUUGAUAUUUUUUCUUCCUUUUCCGGGGUGAACUGGAAUAACACGAUCGACAUUAUGAAGGUGAUGCCACUGAAAUACCCAAGGAGCAGGGCGUAUGAUCCAUGGAAUGACUAAACUACGGAGAUCUUCGGACGAAAAGGGUCGUCAUAUAGAGUUCGCAAUACGAGAGAGAAAUGGAUUCUUCCACUUUUAAGUAUUUCGCCAUACAAGAAACGCAGAAUCUGUAACUAAGAAUAACGCAUACGCUUUAGAAAACCUGUCGGACACAACUUGCUGUAUCUUGUUUUUAUCGGGAAAAUUCCUUUUUCAUAUAUACUAUAUGAAAAUUACACAUUCUAUUGUACCAAGGGAUUUGAUCUCAACCUCAACGUCAGAUUUAAUUUAAAAUUCUUGGA